AUGAACAAAUUCCUUAUUGUUCUUCUGGCUAUUUGCCUUGUCAGCGUACAUGCCUUUGUAAAACGGGACACUGAACCAGUGGCAAGUGAGAUCUCGUGGGAGAAAAUUCAGAAAGAUUUUCAAGACAUGGCUAAGACCAUUAAUGAGAAAGUCAAGGAAACAUUCGACCCCGAGCAAGUGAAGAAAAGUUUUAACGAUGCUGUUGAUAAUCUUCAUAAGGCGAUUGAGGACCUGAAAGCUAAAACCGAGGCUCCUAAGAAUUAA